GUAAAGAGCUACAUCUUGAUCGAUAUAAGCAAGUUUAUACAUUCCACGCCCCUCGCUGUUCGUGCCAUGUUCUGACCCCGAGCAACAUCAACUAUGGCGGGCCUGUUCUCAUCGUUCACGAAGAAGACUACCUCCUAUCAGCCGGUAGUGAAGGAAGAGGAGACUCAAUAUCGAGACUCCGACUCCAUCACUUCACCAACUGAAGGUUUCAUCAGUCAUGAACAGAAGUCCUUCCAGGAAGGCCCGAAGUCUAGAAGAUGGCUUUGGCCCGUUGUUCACCUCUUCAUCUUAACUACUUACACGAUCAUCUAUGCUGUCUUGGUCAAGCAGGGAAUUAUCGCUGCAAAAUCAUAUAAGCAUACAGUAUGGUCUCCUGCCUAUGAAGCCGUGGUGAAAGAACCCAUGGAAUACCAAGGGCAGCUGAGAAUAGUAUCGCCGUACCAAGGUCCUCCAUCCCCUGAGGUCGACAAGGCGUGGAAGGAACUUCUGCAAUACUCAAAUAUCCGCGUAUCAGGUGAAGACCUGAGGAAAGUCAAUAAGACCUCGAUCCCAAUGCCCGGUGAGGAGGACAGCUACUGGGUCGAACUUAGUGUUGUUCAUGAACUACACUGUAUUAAACGACUUCGCCAGUACUGGUUCAGUGACUAUUAUUUCCCCAACAUCACAGAGGAGGACCGUCGACUGAACUGGCUUCAUAAUGACCACUGCCUCGAGAUUCUCCGCCAAUCCGUCAUGUGCCACGCCGAUGUGUCCAUGAUCACGAUGACGUGGGAGCCAACCUCCGUGUUCCCGGCCGCCGACUUCCAAAACGUGCAUGAGUGCACGAACUGGGACAUACUGUAUGAAUGGCAGAAGGAAAGAUCUGUCGAUCUCAUGCAACCUGGCCUCUUAGUCCACCCAUACCUCGGGGUACCGUUCCCUGAAGGACAUUAUGAUGGCGUCGGAGCUGCUGACCCCGAGCACGCCAUCGGCACGGAUGGCGAGCUCCCUGAAGAGCUGGUGGAGAUGGGUCUUCGCGAGGGCCACAAACGUUUCGUGACAAGUCGAAACCAAGGAGGAAAGGUAAACCAGGCAAGGGGCCUGGAGACAUGCGUUAUCAUAAGCGCAAGAGCAAGAGAAGGAUCUAACAAGAAUAAUCAAUUCGCAUAUCGCGACGGGUCUUUCUAGCAAGGUCAUGGCUGGUCUAGACGACGUGAACCUGGGGUCCUUGGAGAUCUAUUGAAGAAGGCUGGAUACGAAAGGAAGGUCGUAAUUGAAAGAUACCUAUUUACGAACCUUGAGGAAUAUUAAAAGUCCUCAAGCGUUUAUUUAGUAAGCCACUCCAUGAAGAGUUCUAAAUCCCAAGAAACAUACCAGGUAUCUCGUCAAGU